GGCCGAUCCAAUCCGGUUUUCAAAGCAGUGGUACUAAGCACAUGAGUAGAGAAAAUUGUUUGUUUAAGGCAUAUGCACCACCCCACAGGCUGCUUGUGACAAAAUGUGCAUAUACGUUUUGUCAAUUUCUCCUCGAUAAGUAUCCUCAUAAAGUUCUUCGCCUUUUGAUUCUCUCUUCUCCCUUCCUCCCUCCUCACGAGCCAUAUAAUCCAUCCCCCCCAAGAUACAGCCCACAAGCCCAGUCUCUCCCUCUCCCUCCUCCCUCUUUCCCUGUCCACACAAACCAGGCAAUAAUCUCACCACUCCCUACUGCUCUCUCCAGUUCAAUUACCGCUUCCAAUUCAAUCUAUCCAUCUAUCAUGCUCCAGAGUUUGCUCCACUCCAAUUCCACUGCUACUUCUGCUUCCAACCCCAUUAAUUCCGUUCCCAUUCCCAUUCCCCUUCCCCCCAGCAGAAACGCUCGUCCCUCCUCCAACUCCUCCUCCUCCUCCUCCUCCUCCACCUCCAUGCAGUCCAAGCGCUCCUCCUCCGCCCACCACGACGACCCCUCCUCCUCCUCCUCUUCCCUCCUCAAACGCCGCCGCUCCUCCCUCGGCCCCGACAACCCUUCCACCUCCGCUGACAGAACCACCGACUUAGACAACGAGGACGACGACGUUGCCGAGCUCGAAGCCGCCGCCGCAGCCGCCUCCUUGGGCGGAGCAGCAGCUGGCGACACCGAGUCCUCCGGCCUCCGUCUCCUGGGCCUCCUCCUGCAAUGCGCCGAGUGCGUGGCCAUGGACCGUCUCGACGACGCCAGCAACCUCCUCCCCGAAAUUGCCGAGCUCUCGUCCCCCUUCGGCUCCUCCGCCGAGCGCGUGGCGGCUUACUUCGCUGACGCCCUCUCCGCCCGAAUCGUGAGCUCCUACCUGGGGACCUACGCCCCGCUCACCAUCAAGUCCCUCACCAAAUCCCACAACCAGAAGCUCUUCAACGCGCUCCAGACCUACAACUCCAUCAGCCCCCUCAUCAAGUUCUCCCACUUCACAGCCAACCAGGCCAUCUUCCAGGCCCUCCACGGCGAGGAUCACGUCCACGUCAUCGACCUGGACAUCAUGCAGGGCCUCCAGUGGCCAGGCCUGUUCCACAUCUUGGCCUCCCGCCCCCGCAAGAUCAAGUCCCUCAAGAUCACCGGCCUGGGCUCCUCGAUGGAGCUGCUGGAGUCCACGGGGAGGCGGCUGUCGGAGUUCGCCGGCUCGCUGGGACUCCCCUUCGAGUUCAACCCGGUGGAGGGCAAAAUCGGGAACGUCAAGGACCUGGGUCAACUGCGGGUGAUGGCCGGGGAGACCAUCGUCAUCCACUGGAUGCACCAUUGCCUGUACGACAUCACCGGGAGCGAUUUCGGGACGCUGAGGCUGCUGACCCUGCUGAGGCCCAAGCUGAUCACCAUCGUGGAGCAGGACCUGAGCCACGGGGGAAGCUUCUUGGGGCGGUUCGUGGAGGCGCUGCAUUACUACUCGGCGCUGUUCGAUGCGCUGGGGGACGGAUUGGGGACGGACAGCGUGGAGAGGCACACGGUGGAGCAGCAGCUGUUGGGGUGCGAGAUCAGGAACAUCGUGGCGGUGGGGGGCCCGAAGAGGACGGGGGAGGUGAAGGUGGAGAGGUUGGGGGAGGAAUUGAGAAGGAUCGGGUUCCGGCCGGUGUCGCUGGCGGGGAACCCGGCGGCCCAGGCGAGCUUGUUGCUGGGGAUGUUCCCAUGGAAAGGAUACACGCUGGUGGAGGAGAACGGGUGCUUGAAGCUGGGAUGGAAGGAUUUGUCUUUGUUGACGGCCUCCGCAUGGCAGCCGUCCGAUUGAGGAUUCAAUAGUAGAGCAGUUAGCACUUAGUUAGUAGGAGUGUCGCCUUUUCCUCCCACUUUCCACCACCAGAUCAAUGAUCAAUGAUCAAUGAUCAAUGAUCAAUGAUUGAUGGUAGAUGAGAUGAGAUGAUAAUGGAACAUGAUUGGUUGGAUGGAGCCUCGGAUUGCGUGCGUAACAUUGGUUUCGGUUGGACGCGAACGUACCAAAUACCAUAAGUAGAAGAUAUUACUGUACGAGGUCACGAGGGGACUCUAUAUGGCAGAAAAAGACAUUCUUUCCUCGAUCUCAAUCAUGCUGCUGCUGCCGCUGCCUACGAUUUUAGGAAAGAACCAGACGUGAAAUUAAUUAUUGAAGACUAUUUUUCAGGGAACGUAUAGAACCCACUACCGCUGGAAAAUCAAAAUGGGCUAUGUUUUGUUCAUUUUGUUGUACUUCCUUCUUUUCUAUUUUGCUUCCUUGUUUAAACAUUCAAGGAUGAUUUUUUUUUUCC